AUGUUGCUGCAGUCCCUAGCAUCCUUCUGCCUCCUGGCUGCCACUGCCUUUGCCGUCCCAGCUCAGGAGAAACGCGUCCAUCACCACGCCGACUUGAGCGACCACGCUCACAAUGACGCUCACGACUUUCAGUACGACCACGAGGCCUUCCUGGGCAAGGAGGAGGCAAAGACCUUUGAUAAGCUGACUCCUGAGGAGAGUAAAGACAAACUAGGGAAGAUUGUGGACCGCAUUGACAUAGACAAAGAUGGCUUCAUCAACCACUCAGAACUGCAUUAUUGGAUCAAACACCGGCAAAGGAGGUACAUCGAGGAGAACGUAAACAAGCACUGGAAGGAUUAUGACAUGAACCAAGAUGACAAGAUCGCCUGGGGGGAGUACAAAAACACCACCUACGGAUUCUAUCUUGAUGAGGAGUUUGAUGACAUCGAGGACAAAGCCACCUACAAAUCCAUGCUCACCCGAGACGAAAGACGCUUCAAGGUCGCCGAUCGUGACGGCGAUGGGAUCGCUACGCGCGAGGAGUUCACUGCCUUCCUCCACCCAGAGGAGUUCGAUUAUAUGAGAGACUUGGUUGUACAGGAGACUAUUGAGGACAUUGAUAAGAAUGGCGACAGCAAGAUCAGUUUGUCUGAGUACAUCGGUGACAUGUACACACCAGAGGAGGGAGAAAAUGAGCCUGAAUGGGUGCAGACCGAGAAAAAACAUUUCACUGAUUUCAGAGAUGCCGAUAAGGAUGGUUACAUGGAUUUUAAUGAAGUGGCCCAUUGGAUUUUGCCCGGAGAAGUCGACCAUGCUGACAAUGAAGCCAAACACUUGAUCCACGAGACAGACACUGACAAGGAUCAGAAAAUAACCAAGAAGGAGAUCUUGGCCAACUGGAACAUGUUUGUUGGUAGCCAGGCCACCAAUUACGGAGAAGAUUUAACAAAGAGUCACGAUGAACUUUGA